AGAGAAAAAAGACACCGAAAAUAAUGAGGGAUGGAACUGAAAGAAAAUCAUCGUCGUCGUCUUCGCCGGCACCGGAUUGUGACGUCGGGUUGGGUUUGCGGCUGCAACCCCAGCCCACUGAAUCCUAUGGCGGCGGCGGAGGUGGUGGUGGGGCCUCUUUUUUCAGUGGCACAAGCAACCAGUUUGCCUUUAUGGGUGAAAUCUACGAAGCUGCUGAUAGAAUGUUUUUACCGAGGGGUUUUCACACUACUUCCUUGACAGCUUCUGGAGGGAUGGGUGUGUGUGGAAAAGCUCUAUUCACAAACACACAAUGGCAAGAAUUGGAGAGACAGAAAAUGGUGCACAAAUACAUAAUGGCCUCAAUUCCCGUACCUCCUCAGCUCCUCUUACCUACAAGUACUGCUGCCACGUCACCAACAACAGCAACAACAACACCGGCCGCUACCUUGACGGGUCAGGAUCUGGGUCGGUAUCCGGGAAACGGGUCGGAUCCGGAGCCGUGGAGGUGCAAGAGAACAGACGGAAAGAAGUGGAGGUGCUCGAGAGACGUGGCGCCUAAUCAGAAGUACUGUGAGCGCCACGCGCACAAGAGCAGACCCCGUUCAAGAAAGCAUGUGGAAACCCCUUCCCACAACAACAACUAUUCAGUACACCACCACCACCAACAAAGGUCAACUCCUCUCUUCCCUCCAACAAUGGCUUCUUCCACUCCGUCGUCGUCGUCGUCGUCGUUUGACCAAACCAGGUGCAUUGAGUGGUUCAUGAGAGGCGGCACCACUACACACCAAGGAUGA